GCAAGAGCAUGUAUUUAUAAAUUCCUUCACAAGUGACUUCCUCAUUUUCACCAUACUGUUGUCUGAUGACUGUCAACUCACUAACUCUCUGGAAGUUUCAAACAACAUACUUGGAACAUAUUUAUAUUUCCUUUCUGUAAGGUCGUGAAGCAGCGGUGUACUGUCUAAGCAGUCUCUGUGUGAAAGGGUGUUGCCUGUCUUCUGCAUCACUCAGCAUGGGCCCCAAGAAGAAAACUGUCUGGGAGAACCUGCGUGAGAAGACCAAGACCCAGUUCAACAACAUAAAGAAGAAGACAACCCCGGGGAAGCUGGAGAAGAAAAAGCCCAAGCCCCUGCAUUAUAGACGCAGUAUGUCAGUGCCGGACCUGAGGUUUGUUCAGGAAGCUGAAUCCUCUCCAGUAGAAAGUGCAUUCUCCACAGCCUCGGACGCCAUCUUAUUUGACAGCUCCUCAGGUUCAAGUGAUAAUGCCUCUUUUAUCUCAGUUCCUCUAUUCAAGGACAGGCUGACUGCAACUGAUGCAGGCCCCUCAGGUAGAAAGACUGUGUAUGAUUUGGCUUUCAAAGAUAACAUGAAUGUGUCUGUUUCUAGAAUGAGUGCACCUGUGGAGACACAAACUCUCUAUGAUGAAUCAGAAGAGGAGGACAUGGCAGCCUUUAUGGGCAGAAUCCACAUGCCAUCAGACAAAUGGAAUACACCUGCAGAGAGGUCAACUUCUUCUGCUUCUUCUACUUCAGCAGAAAGAGUAAAAACACCAGUGGACAGAGGGAACCCACCCGUACCUACCCCGAGAUCAAAUGCUCCAAAUAUACAUGCGUGCACAACAAGAUUGACUUCAUCAGUGGAGGGAAUUAAUGUUUCUACAGAAAGAUUGCUCUUCUCUGAAGACAGAGUGGCCGCUAGGGACCAAGUGAGUACAUCUACUGAAAGAUUUGCUUCUUCUGUCUCUGACCAAACAAGCCUAGUUACAGAGAGACUGUCUGAAACCAGGGAGGGAGGGAAACAACCAGCAGAAGUGAAAUGGUCUGUUCCUCCAAAACCACAGGACAGAUUGAACAUUCCUCCAGAUAGAUGGUUUCUGCCAGUGAACAGGGCGGACAGGAUGGGCACCCCAGACAGGAUGGGCACCCCUGCUGACAGUGUGGAUGGUUCUGCGUGUGGAACCCCAUUAGAGAAAGAACCCUACACGUUCUGGCCCACUGACUCUGAGGACCUGGAUAUGCCAGAGCCCCCAGUAUCCACAGACAUCAGAGACAUCUUCUGCAGGGAGCUUCAGGAAGACAAUGAGGCUAUGGCAGCAGGGAGCCUACCUGGUCCUAUUCAGAAGUACCUCCUCACUGUCAACCUGAAGGAGGGCAGGAACCUGGUCAUCAGAGACCGCAACGGUACAAGUGAUCCUUAUGUCAAGUUCAAACUGGAAGGAAAGACGUUUUACAAAAGCAAAGUUGUGUAUAAGAACCUGAAUCCAAAAUGGAGUGAGUCCUUCUCUUUCCCCCUGCAGGAUUGGGAGCAGGUUGUCGACGUGAGGGUCUAUGAUAAGGACCGUACCACUGAUGAAUUCAUGGGUUCCAGCACAAUUGUGAUCAAAAACCUUGAAUUAGACAAGACCAGUGAGAUGGUGCUAAGUCUGGAGGACCCCAGCAGUCUGGAGGAUGACAUGGGCGUCAUCGUCAUUGACACAUGCCUAACUUUCAGAGAUGCUACGAUCAAAAGACCAAAACGGCACCAGAAAAAUAGAAGAUUUAGGGGAGGCCAGAACCAGAAGGGGGACCAGUCCCAGCCACAGGAUAAGGACCAGACCCAGGGUUCAGCUGAGGCCACCAAUAUGAGCCAGCUGUGGAGUGGCGUGUUUGGUAUCACCCUGUUAGAGGGACAGGACAUGCCUGAAUACGGCCAGGGGAACGUCUAUGUGCGUUACAGACUGGGAGAGCAGAAGUACAAGAGCAAGAACCUGUGCGUUCAGGCCAACCCUCGUUGGAGGGAGAAGUUUGACUUCAACAAGUAUGAGAACUGGCUGGAGCUACUGCAGGUGGAGGUGUUUGUUAAGAGAGGCAGGAAGAGUGAGGAAUCCUGGGGAAUGUUUGAGGUGGACCUGUCCAAGCUGCCAGUAAACACACAGCAGCUCUACACACAAGCCCUGGACCCAGGCAAAGGCAGGCUGAUAUUACUGGCCACCUUCAACCCCUGCAGUGAGGUCUCCAUAUCAGACAUUAACAAACCUCCCCUGGAACAGCCAGACGAGAGGGACCAAAUACUGGAGAAAUAUAGUUUGAAGAACUCUCACAAAAGUGUGAGGGAGGUUGGCUUCCUUCAAGUCAAGGUUUUCAAUGCAACAGAUCUCACAUCAACUGAUCUCAAUGGGAAAAGUGAUCCAUUCUGUGUACUGGAGCUGGGGAACAGCAAGCUACAGACUCACACCAUCUACAAAACACUCAGCCCUGAGUGGAACGAAGUCUUUACAUUCCCAAUAAAGGACAUCCAUGAUGUGUUGGAACUGAAGGUCUUUGAUGAAGACGGAGACAAAGCCCCAGACUUUUUGGGCAGAGUGGCCAUUCCACUACUCUCUGUUCAGAAUGGACAGCAGGUCACCCGAGGGUUGAAGAAUGAGAACUUGAGGGGUCCAGCCAAAGGUACCAUCUCACUGGUGAUGGAGGUCCACUAUAACCCAGUUAGAGCCGGCAUCAAAACCUUCAAACCAAAAGAGGAGAAAUUCAUGGAGGACAACCGAAAAUUCUCGAAAAAGGUCCUUGCCCAGAAUAUCUACCGAGUUCGGAAAAUCACCCUGGCAGUGCUGCAUAUGUUACAGUACAUUAAAAGCUGUUUUCAGUGGGAGAGCACACAGCGGAGUAUAAUAGCCUUCCUGACCUUCAUGGUGAUGGUUUGGACCUGGGAGCUCUUCAUGAUGCCCAUCUUCCUGCUGCUGCUUAUUGGCUGGAACUACUUCCAGGUCACCCCGGGGAGGGUCAGCAGCAAUCAGGACCUGACGAACAUGAACAUGACCGAUGAUGAGGAGGAAGAUGAGAAGGAAUCUGGGAAAAAGGGACUGAUGGAGAAAAUCCAUAUGGUCCAAGAGAUCAUCAUCACUGUCCAAAACAUUUUGGAUGAAAUCGCAUGCAUAGGGGAAAGAGUCAAGAACACAUUCAACUGGUCUGUGCCCUUCCUGUCCUGCCUGGCCUGCUUGGUUCUCUUUGUGGCAACAGCAGCAUUAUACUACAUCCCACUGCGCUACAUUAUCUUGAUAUGGGGCGUUAACAAAUUUACCAAGAAGCUGCGCAACCCGUAUGCCAUUGACAAUAAUGAAAUACUGGAUUUCAUCAAGAGGGUGCCUUCUGAUGUUCAAAAGGUGCAGUACAGCGAGCUGAGAGCGCCUAGUGUCCAGAGCCCACCACGAAGGAGACGGUAAGCCCCUUUGACGUGCUGGAUGAAAGGACCUGGCUCCUUCUGAAAAUGGCACAGCCCAGUCUGCUACGAUGACAAUGCUCCAGUGCCAGCAGAACCUGCGACCCCUUAUCCCCCUGCUCCCCCCUCUCCUGUGCCCCUUGCUGCGGGGGUGCAGUCAGCCACUCUCCCGCUUGUGCGUCUGCCACCCCCCUGACAGGGGGCUGUGCACUACACCGGGCUAGGAGGGCAGCACAUGGAGCUGUCAAUCCCAGAGCCAGAGACGCCGUCCGCCCACUCCGGCCCAGCUUGCAUCCAUUCAUGCAUUUUAUAAAAAGAAUGAGAGCUAGAGUUUGGUUUAACUCAAACCACUGCUGUUUUGCUUUAUGGAUUUGAGUAGUAACACCUUGAUCAGACUUGACAGCCUCAUUGCAUCAAGGCUGUGUAAAAUAUUCUGCAGUCAAACUUUUUUCAAUUUGUAAUCCAACAUUUGUGCUGGAUGUGUGUGCAACAAAAGUUAAACAUUCCCCUGUUGCUACUAUUUCUGUCAAGUCUAUGCAUACAAUUUGAUGUUCAUGUUGGAUUUAUCCAACAUAUACACCACACGAAACGCUCUGCAACGCAAUGCUGCUAGUCAAACACAGUGUUCCAUUGGAAAUGAAUGUACUUCUGGUGUACAAAAUGCGCCUUCGGUCAGAUUAAGGCGUUCAACUGAACUGCUGCAAUGCUUUGACUCAUUUACAUUUUCAUUUCAAAUAAGGGCAAAUGGGUAAAUACAAUACUGUAACUGUGCUAAAUCCAGUUAUUACUUUGUGGUCACAUUUAUUUAAUAUUAUAAUUCUUUUUUUUUUAAAUUAAAACCCCCCCUCUCCGGGGGACACAU